AGUCUAGUCCACAUACCUGUGCUCCGCGAGGCGUCAGGACACAAAGCAGCCACCUGAGGGUCACUCACUGCACUCUUCCUGAGCUGUUCUUCUCCACCAAUACGCUUCAGACUCACACAGUAAUGGAUGGAAGGCGCGUGCUGCUGUUGGCUGUGGCUGUGGCUGUGGCUGUAGCGGGGGUGACAGCAAGUACCAGGGGAGGUUUUGCUGGCUGCACCCACAAUGACCAAUGCGGACCACUUUCUUGCUGCCGCUUAGGUCGCAUGAGGUACAGCGUCCCUAGUUGCUCUCCACUCGGGGCUGUAGGAUCACACUGCUACCCAUCCAACACCGACCCUACCUCCCACGGCCUCCACUACCCUAACAACAUCUACGUGGAGGUUGAAGCGGCGCACCUCGGCCUGUGUCCCUGCCAGCCUGGCCUCGUCUGCUACAGGGGCGAGUGCCGCCCAGAAGAUGAAGUCACCACCCACAGCCAUUAGGAGAAAAGUUACGGAGUUUUGACGCCUAAGGCCACGUGAGGUCAAACCCAAGAUGGCUGCCAGUCAAACGCGCUCAUGGUAAAACAAAUCUUAAGUGACGGCCAGGGUGCGGUCACGGCGAGGGUACAGCGAUGCCACUUUUCGUAAAGUACGCUUAGUAACUUCUGUGAUAUAAUGUAAAAGGCACUACAAAUAAUAUAAAUAAUAAAUAUAAUCUUGACGUAACUGUUGUAAUAUCUCCUAAAAGUAAAGGGUAUUAGUGGUGCCAUGAGAUGAUCCGCUGUCACUGUUCACUACAGGACGCAGUGGGCGGUGCAGGUGUGCCAGAACUGCGCCUACUGUAGCCCACUGUGCCUCUGCCCCUAACACUCGCAUGUUGAUCGUUCCCACUGAGGUAUUCCAAAACAGGGUAUUCCAGUUUCAUUACGCCAUUUGUCCUUGGCUUGUCUUCCAUCUGAAUGUCUGUCCCUGACUUCAGGCGACCACAUGUUACCAAACAAAUGGACAACCUACAAUUCUUUUGCAUCACACAUUGCAAUGUUUUAUCAAAAUGUUUGGUUUUAAAAUGUAUCUCAUUUGGACAGUAGAUCCAGUGAAGUGGCGGCCACCUUGAAUUUCAUCUCAUAUGGUCCUCAGGGAUCAAAUUUUCUUCCCUACAUGUCCAAAAAUAUAAUAAGUUUUAGAAUUUGCAAUUUAUUUCCGUAAAAUGCACAAUUAUUAUACGAGAAGCUAUCAGCUGCACUCUUCAUGGGAUGCUUUUUUUAUACUUUUUUUUUUAUUAUGUUAAGCGCGUCAGUCUCUAUCAAUGUGAUGUUUUCUGUAUUGCUUCAUGAGGAGGGAAGAAAGCAACUACUUCCUGCGUCCACGUGCCUGUAAGACAAACUUGUACCAAAGAUUUCUUGACGAUAAUUAAACUUGCAAUGCAGGUGUGUGUUCUCUUGCAAAAAGUAGUAGUUCAAAUAGACCUGGUGUAGUAAUUUUCACCUCAGUCUUUGUAGUGGAGCUACAUAUCACUGUCCUGAGGUGACAGAAGGCCAAGGCAUUACAUUAAGAGACUGAUCUUUGUAGUGUGGAUUGCGUUACGUGAGGUGGUCAGGAUGACUGAUCCGGGGGACAGAUUUAACUCGACAUCCGCGCCUGGCAUCAGGAUUGGUGAAUCAAUGCACCUGUCCUGCUCUUCACAUGCACUGCCGAGGGAAUGCUUGUGGAGGCUUACACACGCGGGACGUGCAUGUGUACUGUACUAUUAUUAAUGUUCAAAGGAAGCCGUGUAUAUGUACUAAUCGGUUACAUGUGUGAGGCAUAGGAAAGGAGGAAAAAGAAGAACCUGGUUUUUGUCAGAGUGAUGCGUGGUAGUGACUCUAUUUACAGUUAUGAAUCUUAUAUGUGUUCCAGACUCAUUCUCCUCCUCCUCCUCCGCGAACUUUCUUGUUGCAAACUACAAACAGGAUUUUUUUUUUUCGUUGUAACACAUUAGUAAAGAAGAAAAAAAUAUAUAUUGUAUCGCGUUC